AAAGGAUUGUUCCCCGGAGUGGCCAGACGGGCUGGGGGACACAGGAUGGAAGAGCUAAUAGGAGUAUCUAACGGGACAUGCGGACGGGCUGAUUUCUUCUAAUAUUUCAAGUGCUGUUUGUGACGGUGUGAGGCCUCGCCAUGCCGCUGGUGAAGAGGAACAUCGAGCCCCGUCACCUCUGCCGAGGGGAGCUCCCCGAGGGCAUCGGCAGCGAGCUGGAGUGUGUGAUGAACAACACACUCUCUGCCAUCAUCCGUCAGCUCAGCAGCCUGAGUAAACAUGCGGAGGAUAUAUUUGGCGAGCUGUUCAACGAGGCCAACACCUUCUAUCUGCGUGCCAACUCUCUCCAGGACCGCAUUGACCGGCUGGCCGUCAAGGUCACGCAGCUGGACUCCACCGUAGAAGAAGUUUCCCUACAAGACAUCAACAUGAGGAAAGCCUUCAAGAGCUCCACCAUUCAGGACCAGCAGGUGGUGUCCAAGAGCAGCGUGCCCAAUCCUGUCAAAGAGAUGUACAAUCUGAGCGACAAGCCUCCACCACUCAGCAUCCUCUCGUCUUACAGGGAUGACCACAAGGAAGCACUCAAGUUCUACACCGAUCCCUCCUACUUCUUUGACCUGUGGAAGGAGAAGAUGCUGCAGGACACAGAGGAUAAGAGGAAAGAGAAGAGGAAGCAGAAGGAGCAGAGGCGCUGUGUGGAUGGGACGUUACAGAGGGAGGUGAAGAAGGUCCGAAAGGCGAGGAACCGUCGGCAGGAGUGGAACAUGAUGGCUCUGGAUAAAGAGCUGAGGCCGGACCAUCGACACACUAUACACCGAGAUAGGGGGGCGUCCUCUGAGGGCUCGAUGUCACCAGAGAACAGGGGUCACGGUCCCGAUCAGCACCACUACCCCAAUGUCAUGAACCAUGCUGGCCACGCCCACACCUACUCCGGCCCACCGCCCAGCGUCCUGGCUGCCCAGAUGGCUUCAGGGCACGGCCCUCGUGGAGGAAGUGAGCAUGAUGCUAGAGGCAGGGCCAUGAUGGCCUAUCAGGGUGGGACACUGGGCCGUGUUCACCACCACCAGGUCCCGCUGCCUCCUCCGCCCACUGAGGCUAUGAACGGUGGCUCCAUGUCCCUUCCUCCAAUGGACUACAGUAUGGAUGGCUAUGCCAACACCGGCCCCCCUCCUCCCCCUUCAGCCCCUCUCAUCCCCUCAGCCCAAACUGCCUUUGCCUCACCUCCUGGAGGUCCAAUGCCUCUGCCCGGCGCUGGUGGCUUCGCUCCACCUCCACCGCCUAUAUGUGGAGCCCAGGCAGCUCCACCACCUCCUGGCCCUCCACCUCCUCCCAUCCCAGCUGGUGCCUCCCACUCCACAACCCGCAAGAUGUCCUCCUCUGCACCUGCUGAGACAUCAGUGGUCAAUGAUGCCCGCAGUGAUCUGCUGGCUGCUAUACGUAUGGGUAUCCAGCUGAAGAAAGUGCAGGAGCAGCAGGAGCAGCAGGCCAAGAGGGAGCCGGUUGGAAACGACGUGGCCACCAUCCUGUCGCGACGCAUCGCUGUGGAGUACUCCGACUCUGAGGACGACUCCGAGUUGGAGGAGAACGAUUGGUCGGAUUAACAUACACACACAUAUACAAAAGAAAAAGGAUAACCACUGAAGAUACACAUACAAUCAGUCAAUCUCACACUCACUUGAAAGAAUGCCCACUAUACCACACUCACACUUUGUUGCUGAAAAUACACACAUAUACACACCUACACACAAUCACAUGCUGUAGGUUGAUAUAAGCUGAAUGGUCCAAAACUGGAAAUGUGGGGGUGUAUUCGAGAUGCUUAAACACUGUAAAGACACUAGUAACAUACUGUAAUACUUACCACUCGAUGAAACAUUAACGUAGUCGGACAAAUGUAUCUGAAAGCAUUGUGAAUACACCCCAGUGGAUGUUUCUCUACCUGUUAUAACACUAUAGACACCCCGUGAAGGUGCUUAUUUCAUGUAUAGUCCAAGCUUGGGAGCGUUAGAAGAAUUAGAAACUUUCCUCUCGAGCUAACCAAUGUACUUGUCUUUUUUUAAUGUUUUUACUGAAACACAUGCUUUAGAUCAUGAGGCAAGUUUUUAACCUGUCAAUAACUGGAAAUGAAGUUAAUGGAGUCGCUGAUAAUAAAGCCUCCGAGGGAGUGAAUGGGGAGAGCGUCUGGGAAUGCUGUGGUGAAGACGGAUGAGAGGCCGAUAUGUAAUAAGUCUUAUUGAUCAUAAACAUGAUAAUUGAUUGA